CACUAUUAGCUCUAUAAUGGGUUGGUGGAUGGUGCAAGUCCCGAGUGAGAAAGAGGAACUAUCAAGUUGACUGACUUAUGAAAUAGCUUCUCGGGAUGACGACCCUAUUCUUUUUAACACGUACCUGCCCAUCUACCAUAAUUUGGGUUUUUUUUUUUAAGUCCUUUUUGGUGUAAUUAACCACGUCGCUUCGGUUCAAAUCAGUCAAGAAAACAGCUCCGGAUUAUAAUCUUCAUUCAUUCUUCAGAGUUAGGCAAUUGGAAUCGGUGAUAAUUCCGAAAAUAACAAUAUUAAAAUAAGGGAUUCGCAUCACGAGUGGAAAACCUCGGAGACUCCGCCCCUCUUCCUGUCUCUUGCACGAUUCAAAUGCCCGGAUGUUCUUCGCUUCCGGUUGUGAAGCUGCUGCCAAUAGUGGGCUUGGCUGAGCCGAGGGCCUGCCGCUCUCGCUGCCGACUGGCGGUGGGUUAUCAUCGGGAGGGAAAUGGAGACGGAGGCGUUGUUGCAGGAAGCGCACGAGAGCAUCGAGGCGGCGCGUACUUACCGCCGUGAGCUGCAGCAACGCCUCAAAGGGCUGCACCUGGCUCGCCAGCAGAUCAAAAACAGUGCUGCACAAACCCGGGAAGUGCUGGAACAACAUUUCAGCGACUUAAAAGGGACCUUGAAGAAGUUGCUGGAUGAAAGAUUGGCCUCCUUGCUCCAGGAAGUAGACAACAUAGAACAGGAAAGUAUCAAGCCCUUGGAUGAGUGCCAGAAGCUCAUAGAACAAGGAGUUGGGACAGCCAAUGAACUUGUCCAGGAAGGUGAAAAUGCCAUUUGUGGAAUUACAACGGACAACAGUGACAAGCUGUGCAGUUUUACAAAAAAGGCUUUGCAUAUCCAGCUGGACAGUUUACCUGAAGUGCCAUCGCUGGUGGAUGUGGCUAGCUUAUCUGCUCAAUGGGACGACUCCUUUUUUACAAUAAUGAAAAGCUACAUCUUCAGCCAUGGAACAGUAGCAUCUCGACCUCCGAUACAAAUAGAGGAACUGAUUGAGAAGCCUGGAGGCAUCUUAGUACGGUGGUGCAAGGUUGAUGAUGACUUCAUCCCGCAAGACUACAGACUUCAGUAUCGCAAGAGCACCGCUUGCCAUUUUGAAGAUGUGUACGUUGGGUCAGACACUGAGUUCACGGUGUUGCACAUCGACCCCAACGUCGAUUAUCAAUUCAAGGUUUGUGCGCGGGGAGACGGCCGUCAGGAAUGGAGCCCGUGGAGUGUUCCUCAGACUGGGCGUUCCACAUUGGUGCCUCAUGAAUGGACUCCAGGUAUUGAGGGCUACAGCUUGAGCAGCCGAAGGAACAUAGCCCUUCGAAACGAUUCGCAAGCGGGUGGCAUGCUGUAUUCCAAGGCUCCAACUUAUUGUUGUGGUCAGACGCUGACAUUCCGAAUUGAAACAGUUGGCCAGCCAGACAGGAAAGAUAGUAUUGGAGUUUGUGUUGAGCGGCUGAAUGACUAUGAUUCUUUGCAACGGGAUAGAGCUGUGUGCAUUAGUACCAAUGGAGCUGUUUUUGUUAACGGAAAAGAGAUGACGAACCAGUUACCUGCAGUGACUUCAGGAUCAGCUGUAACCUUCGACAUGGAAUCUGUGAAUUUAGGCUCUUGCAAUAAUAAUGGGGGGAACUUCAAACUCAGAGUGACAAUUAGUUCCAACAACAGGGAAGUAGUCUUUGACUGGGUACUUGAUCAAUGCUGUGGCACUCUGUAUUUUGGAUGCUCCUUCUUGUAUCCCGGCUGGAAAGUUUUGGUGUUCUAACUCUUAGACGGAGAAAUAGUAGUUGUUUUCCAGUGUCGUCAUUCAAAGGGUUUGGACUCCAAUGACACAAUUAUUUGCUCAUCCAGGCUGUUAAAUCUGUGUGUCUUUGGUAUAUACCGCGGUUGGUUCAGUGAGCUGCUUGAGGCCACUUUUCUGUAAGAUGAACAUUACUUGAACUCUGUCUUCUCUACUGGAUUCACCUGAAACAUUGGUGAAACGCUGAGUAAUCUGGAAGAGUUUAUGUGAGGUGUUGUGUUUGCUAUCGACAUCAUGCAUUUUGAGUAUUAUUGUUUUUUUUAGAACAGCUCUCUCCAUUUGGAUGUUCUCCAGAGGGGCUGGACAUGAUCUUCCACAAUCCCUAGUCAAGGACUUAGUGAAAGAGGGAUUAUAGGAGUUGUAGUCCACCUCUGGAGAUCACCAAGAGAGAGUGUGGUUUUGGAAGAAAAGGGUAGAGAUAAUUCUGUUACUGUGGUCCUGCUAUCAAGGCUUGGUUAUGCUUUACUAAGUUUGCCUAAGUGUUAUUCUUUGGCUCAGGGUUAAUGGACCAAAACUGUAUGUAUGUUUUCCUGUUCAUCAGAGUCUGGUACUGAAAUGCUGUACUUCCACCUGUUUCUGCCAAAAGUUUUCUGUCCACUGGGCAAUAAGGCUUUUUGGCCUCUACAUUAUCCUCUUCCUUCAGUGCCUUGCUAUUUACUGCAGAAGAAAUCUGAGCCGAGCUGUUCGUUUUGGCGAGCGAUACCGAUGUGCCUUAAUUUGAUGCUUCUGUUGAACAAUAUUGCACAUGUGACAGAGAAAAUUUCAUUCAUGGCAUUUGUCUCUUCAGCAGGAUUUUCCCGCUCCUCUGCACUCAUUGCAGUGCCUUCUACAACUUAUGCCUUUUUCAAGAUAAUAUCACACAGUCCCAAAAAAUAUUCAGGGCGCAAAUGUUUUAGACCUUUCCUGAACAACUUGUACGGAGCCUAGAGUUUUGUGUAGCAAGUCAAUUAUGUUCACCACGCCUGCCUUUAUCUAGACUUGCGUUCAGAUAAAUUGUAUAGAAACGGGUCAGGCCAACAGGGUAUGCAAGCCAACUUGCAAACAAGGAGGUACCAUAUAGAAAAGAAUGCAUUGUAGAGAUCUCUUGUCAUGCUUUUUAGAAUUUGGUUGACGUAACCAAGUUAGCAGAUGAGCCAGGUACUAACUUUAAGCAGAGAGCAACAGCUAAAGCAUUCUUGCUCUCAGCCUCUGCAGUUAAUCACCAUUUUGCUGUUUUGACUUGGGCAAGUAAAAUCCCUCUUUUGGGGAUCCCUCCUUUGUAUGAUUAAAUUGCCUGCAUGCCCAUCUUCCAUUCUUGGCAGCUGUUUCCUUGCAGCAGGGGUAUCCCUAUUAAGUAAGAUUUGCAACCAGUUUCCUUCUUAAACUUUUAAGUCUUCGUUCCCGGGGCCAGAGGCUUUUGCUGGAGUCCUUAGCUGCCAUAACCCCGUGUGAAAAGUAAGCAAAGAAAAAAACAGCUGAUAAAAAGAAGAGCAAAAUUCCUCCCUUCCUUUUUUAUACGGUGGGAUUGCCAGCUACGAGUUACUCUGGUUUGAUCCCAAAAUAAAAGCUGUCAACCAGUAUUAAUAUUUGAUUAAUGGGGUAGUAGGUCUUUUGGUUCAGGAAUA